AUGGCUUUGGAACACAACCUGUCAACAGAUUACUAUGAUGAGGAAAAUGAAGUGAAUGGCACUCAUGACUAUAGUCAGUAUGAAGUGAUCUGUAUAAAAGAGGAAGUCAGAAAAUUUGCAAAAGUUUUCUUGCCUGCCUUCUUCACAAUAGCUUUCAUCAUUGGAAUUGCAGGCAAUUCCAUAGUUGUGGCAAUUUAUGCCUAUUACAAGAAGCAGAGAACCAAAACAGAUGUGUACAUCCUGAACUUGGCAGUGGCAGAUUUACUCCUUCUAUUCACUCUGCCUUUUUGGGCAGUUAAUGCAGUUCAUGGAUGGGCGUUAGGGAGAAUCAUGUGCAAAGUCACUUCAGCCUUGUACACAGUCAACUUCGUCUCUGGAAUGCAGUUUCUGGCUUGUAUCAGCAUAGACAGAUACUGGGCAGUAACUAAAGCCCCAGGUCAAGCAGGAGUGGGGAAACCAUGCUGGCUUAUCUGUUCCUGUGUCUGGACGGCUGCCAUCUUGCUGAGUAUACCUCAGCUGGUUUUUUACACAGUAAGUGACAAGGCUAGGUGCAUUCCCAUCUUUCCAUAUCACCUAGGAACCUCAGUGAAAGCAUCAAUUCAAAUGCUGGAAAUCUGCAUCGGAUUUGUAAUACCCUUUCUUAUUAUGGGAGUGUGCUACUUUGUCACAGCAAGGACACUCAUCAGGAUGCCCAACAUCAAAAAAUCUCGACCCCUCAAAGUUCUGCUCACAGUGGUUAUAGUUUUCAUUGUCACUCAGCUGCCUUAUAACAUUGUCAGGUUCUGCCAAGUCAUAGACAUUAUCUACUCCCUGAUCACCGACUGCGACAUGAGCAAACGCAUGGAUGUUGCCAUCCAAAUCACGGAGAGCAUUGCACUCUUUCACAGCUGCCUCAACCCAAUCCUGUAUGUUUUCAUGGGAGCCUCUUUUAAAAACUACAUUAUGAAAGUUGCUAAGAAAUAUGGGUCCUGGAGAAGACAAAGACAAAACGUGGAGGAGAUUCCUUUUGAUUCAGAAGAUCCUACAGAGCCAACCAGUACUUUUAGCAUUUAAAUGUAACACUGCUAUCUCUUGCUUCGAUACACAUGAAUGCUGCUUCUCCCUCAGAUAAAACAUCUGCUUUAUUCUGAAACUUAAAUCUCAAACACCGUGGUGCUAAUUUACAGCAAUCAAGAGGUGGGGGGAGGAUGGGGAGAAUAUAGCAACCAGGAAGAGGAGGAAACGAAAUAAUAAAUGCACAAAACAUGAACUUAAAAUUAACAAUAUAGGAAAAUAGUAUUAACAGGCAUAAAUAAUACAAACAGUAUGCUAUGAAUUAGGCCAUCUGAAACAGAUUAAUAAAAAGGCUUAUAUUAAGGGGCAUUUCUAAUUAUUUUAAAUGAUCUAAAUUUUAAUAUAAGAAUGAUCUCACUGCAUAAUUUCAGUACUUGAAUAACUAUACAGCAAAAUUUAAUCCUUUUUUCCUAUUUCUUAGUUUGUGAUUUCCUAAGACCCCAGAAAGAAUAACAAUUUAACAAUUAAGA